AUGAAUUGGAUCUCGUAUUUCUUGGGCAAUCAUCCGAAACAAUCACUACUAUUUGUCAUUGUGAUUCUUAUUCCACUGCUAAGCUAUUUUAUUAUUUAUCCUUUACAAAUCGAGUGUGAUGUCCGUCGAGGGUUUGCCAACAAACACGGGCGUGCUGUCAAGGAAUUUACACGGUUCUCCAACUUUUACAACAUUUCGGGACUGGAAAUUUGGGGAAUACUAGUUCGGAAUAAGACGUUCGGCGAACACUUGGAGAUAACGCCAAAAAUUUUAAAUGAAGUUUCUAGAUUGCAUGUCUUCGUACAGAAUUUUAGCACCACAUUUAACGGCGAAGUGGUGAAUUUCCAUGAAAUAACACAUUUUGACCUGAAUUAUGUGCUCAAUUAUUAUAUGAAACUCCUACCUUUGGAAGGUUGGAUUCCUGGAAUCAAUCUAUCCUAUCCGGUUGCUCAAGCGUUUGGAAAUUCAUUCUACCUCGGAUCGCAAUUUUUUGGAGCAAACCUAGAUAAAGAUUCGCAAGAAGGACCACUUCAUUCGGCACAAUUCAUUGCAUUAUGGUACAUGAGUAAAGCGGAAACAUUCGAGGAAAAACAAAAAUUGCAAGCAAUCCAGUUGGGAAUCUUCAAGACGCCGCAAUUCAGCAAAAUGUUCGAUAUGGAUAUGUACGGAGAUCAAGUCGCCAAUUCGGAAAUGCUUCGAGGAACCAUGACCACUGUAAAGCUCUUCAUUGCUGGUGGUAUUCUCAUGAUCACAUUUAUGGCAUUCACCUUCCAUGACCUCACAAUUAAAUCAAAGAUUAUGCUCAUAAUUGGAGCGAUUAGCUCUCCCCUAGCCGCCACCGCUGCCUGUUUUUCACUUCUCGGUUGGAUUGGACAUCCAUUCAAUUCAAUCAUGUGCAUCACCCCAUUCUUGAUCCUUGGAAUUGGAGUAGACGACGCAUUCCUUCUUCUGAACUGUUGGCGACGUGAGCAAGAAAAGGGUUGCUCGGAGACAAGACUCGCACGGGUGAUUCGAGAGAUCGCGCCAUCUAUGGCAAUCACCUCGUUAACAAAUACCAUGGCUUUUGGAGUAGGCUUUUUAUCGCCGACACCUCAGAUGUCAUCGUUUUGUCUUGGAACAGCGCUCGCCAUUGUGUUAGACUUCAUUUUUGAAUUUCUCAUUUUUAUUCCAAUGAUGGUCCUAUUCUAUGAAGAGAAGAUCAUGGACAAAUCGAACGAAAUCGUGAAGAAACCAAUGUUGACAUGGCACAAAUACGCCGAAACUCUUCUAAGCCACCAUGGUCAAAUCGGAGGUGUUUUAUUGUAUAUAAUGAUCAUCGGAGCUUCUUAUUAUGGAACAAUGACUAUUGAAACGACAUUUGAUCCAUCGAAGACAUUCCCGUCGGAUUCGAAGCUUGUUGAAUCUCUUCAAAGCUUCAAUAUGGUGCAAGAAGAAUACUCGCCGAUGAAUUUCCUGACGAAAGUGCCUGAUUUGGAGAGUUUAGAAGAGACGUUGAAGUUCGAAGAAAUGCUACAUCGAUUGGAAACAAGAGAAGGAUGUUUUGGAAUGGAAAGAAGCCACAAUUUAUACAGGGAUUAUAUUUCGUAUUUAAACUCAGCAAAUAUCAAUAGCUCAUUCAACGAGAAACAGUUUUCGUAUAGUAUGCUGCCGGAAUUCCUGAAAAAACGAGAAAUGGCUGAUCGAAUGACCAUCCAAUACAAAAUUGAAGGAAACGAGACAAAAGUCGAUAUUCUGAACUUCGUGGUUGUUUGUAAAGGAACAGCAAACUGGGGUCGACGCGCGAUUGCUUUGGAAAAAACGCGAAACAUUAUUGACGAAUAUCCCCAAUUUGAAGUAUCUCUGUUUGAUUACGACGCUACAAUUUAUGAUCUAAUUAUCACGGUUAAGUCUGAACUGUUCAAGUCGCUCGGAAUCACCUUCACAUGCAUGACCCUCGCCUGCUUUGUAAUUAUGCCGUCGUUUGUAGCGCCAACUGUAGCCUCUAUUGCCACCGUCUCUAUUUCUUUCUGUUUCGUUGGAUUUUUGUCAAUUUGGGGUCAAAACUUGGAUCCCGUCACGAUGAUUGAUGUCAUCAUGGCGAUCGGAUUCUCUGUCGAUUAUAGUGCUCAUGUGUGCUUUCAUUAUUAUUGUGCUCUUCGCAAACUCGACACAACUUCGAGGACCACUAUUAUAAGUCACGUGCUUUGCGCGAUUGGAAGACCGGUGAUUGAGGCUUCCAUUACCACUCUUCUCUGCAUGGCUCCCUUGUUCAUCGUGCCCGUCUACAUUAUUCGCUCAUUCGCCAAAACUGUAACUCUAGUGACGGUGUUCGGACUUCUGCACGGUUUAAUAUUCCUCCCGGUCCUAUUGAGCUUCAUCCCGAUCGCCUCGAGACCACUUCGUCUCCCGACGAGCUCGACAACGCAGCCGCUCGUCGAUAAACUCAAUCAAUAA